AUGUAUGAGAGAUUAUUAAAUGUUGUUAACAAAUGCAGAAAACUAAUUUUGAUAUUGUCAAAUUCUAUUAAUGAAUACCCAAUAGAAAAAAUUAAUGAAGAGAUAAGAUACUUAUCUGCAUUUUAUGCUUGGUCACACAACAAAGAUACACUCAAAACAACACCAUUCUUAUCAUUAUGCAUCGAAUUUAACCGCAGUUUUACUUCCCUUUUCAACCUUUUAGAAGAUUCUGGCUGUAAGAUUAUUUCUAAUUUGAUUCCAAAUAAUGAUCCCAUUCCAUCUGUCAUUAAGCCUGAUCAACCAUCUUUUUCUGUUGAAGCUUAUAAGGAGGAAUGGCAAAAAGAUAAAAAACCAUACCAAAAAUCCUAUACUCCUCCACCAAUUUCUGAUUCAAACAGCAAACCUCCUCCUGAGAUUAAACCUGAAAAACAACUAUACCCGAGCAGUGUGUCAAGAAUCAUUCCUACAAAAGGCAAAUCGGAAUAUUCAAAUGUUGUAAAUGCUAAUGCGAAGAGAAGAGAAAUCGCAAAUGAAGCUGCUUACAAUCAUUUGAUCCAAAAAAUUGACGAACCUGAAUCAUACAAGGAGCAAUUUGAAGCAGAAAAGGAAUAUAUGGUUAAGCAAAUCAAAGAUAUUCCAGAUGACGAAAAUCUUCCAAUUGAGAAAUACAUUGUGUAUGCAACAGAAACAGUAUACAAAGUUAUUAAUGAGGCAAAGAAGAACCAAAUUACGACUAAUUCUCAAGUUGUUUUGCUUCUUGAUAUCAAAACAAUUACUCCUUAUAGAAUCAAAGUUGAUAACUUGUUGCAUUUCAUUGCAUUCUCUAUGGCAUGUUCUCAAUUAGGACUUGAUUUCAGUCUUUGCGUUUUUGCAGACAUGAAAUUCCCGUGUAUUGAGAUCAAGGAACCGUCUGAGAAACUUCGGAGAAAGCACUUGCAAGUUGCACUUGAAAUGUAUGACACAAAGAGAACAUCCGCAGAUCCAAAUAUCGCAAUUCGCAAAUUCCUUAACAAACAUAAAUCAAAGACCUGCAGUUUCUAUGUCUUUUCCGAUGGAAAUCUUCUUAACACGAAUAAAGACACAUGGAAAUGGUUUGAAGAAACUAAUUCCAGAAUCACAUGGCUUAUACAACCACCUGAAGAAUACAAAGAGCCAAUCAAAAAUCAAUAUGAACUCCUUAGUACAAAAUACGAAAACAUGAUUUAUGAAGUAACGAUAAAUGAAAGAGGUGGAUUAGAUAAAAGCCAGAGAUUCAUUGAAGCUUUCUUCAAAGGUUUGAUUCCUGGAAUAACAAUUGAUGAAACAAGAGAUAUCAAACUCAAGACAAUUGAUGAGAUCAAGCCAUUGAAUGAUGAGGAAAAAACUUGUGAUUUCCGACAGCAUGGCUUGGUAUUCACUGAUUCACAGUUUGUUUGUAUAUCCGAUAUUCCUCAGUCAACUAAAACAAGACUCUGCAAUGUUUCUUUGUCAAAUGCUUUCGACGACAUUCCAAUAACUAAUAAAUUAAAGUUCAAGUAUAAAGAAUUUGAAAGUAACUUCAUUAAGUCGAAUCUUGAUGGUUUAUUCCCUCCAAACAAAGCUACACAAUAUGUUUCAUCAGAGAAAGGAAGCAGAAUAUCAAUUGCUGGAUUGAUCAGAUUCAUUAUUACUAAUGGCCAAGACCAGAGAAUCAGACUCGAUAAGUGUGCAGGUUAUGUUCCUCAUUAUUCUCUAUUUUUCGUCAUUGAUUGCAGUGAUUGUUCCACUGGAUUACUCUCAUUGAAAUAUACACGUCUCACUGUUUUCUCUACAUUGAUGGCAUUCAGAGAUUGUGGAUUCCCAAUAACAAUCAUCCUUGCUACUUCCGAAGGACCAGUCGCAGUUUGCAUCAACAAGAUUGAUAAGGAAAUAUUCAAAGAAAAUUCACCAGUUCUCACGGAGAUUUACAGAUGUUUAGAUUCAUCACAUGGUGCAUGCAGUUUCUCCCAGGCAUUAACAGCUGCAUACAACAUACGAUGCUCGCAACAGGAACAAGAAUCUAUUUUGAUUGCAAUAACAAAUGCCCAUUUCAAUCAAAUAGAAUCAGAUGCUGUUGUAACAUGCUUAUCAUAUUUGCAGUUAGUGAAGACAUAUUCCAUCGGUGUCGGAGUUGGAAUUUCUCCUAUUAUGAUCUCUAAAGUUUUCAACAGAUCUAUCUGGUCUGGUAAUCCUCUAAAAAUUGGAAAUUGCUUCAUGAAAUUGUCAGAAUUAGAUACAAACAAAGCCAUAACAAAAGGAAAAAUCACAAAUCCAUAUCCCCUAAACAAAUAUUCAAUUGAAGAUAUCUACAGUAUGUUUAUUAACAAUAAUAGAAAGCACUUCACAAAACUCACAAUUGGAUUGGAUGAUAUCAAGAUGUAUGAUGCAGCAGCUGACCAUUAUAUGAUUGAAGGUACUGAUCUUGUACAUUUACCAACAGAAGAGGAAAAUGAAUACGGUCCUUACCAAGGAGAAAUCCCUGAAGUAGAUCUCGGCCGUAACAAAAAAUGGAAUUAUAACAUCCUCAUUUGCCAACUCUACGAUUUUACUUGCAACUCUAUGGAUGUAACAAAAGAAACAUCAAAUGCACAAAAUCAACAAGCUGGAAGACCAAAUAAACCAGAUGGAACACAAAAUAAACCAGAUGGAAGACCAAAUAAACCAGAUGGAACACAAAAUAAACCAGAUGGAAGACCAAAUAAACCAGAUGGAACACAAAAUAAACCAGAUGGAAGACCAAAUAAACCAGAUGGAACACAAAAUAAACCAGAUGGAACACAAAAUAAACCAGAUGGAACACAAAAUAAACCUGAUGGAACACAAAAUAAACCUGAUGGAACACAAAAUAAACCUGAUGGAACACAAAAUAAACCAGAUGGAACACAAAAUAAACCAGAUGGAAGACCAACUCCAAUAUAUAGAAAUGCACAGCCAACAGCUGAAAUACCAGAAAUCAUGCGAGAAGAUAAAUUCAAUAAAUAUUAUACAGUAUACCGAAGAAAUAUACUCCCAGACAUGUUCGAUGUUCAAAAUCUAUACAUUGCUGAUACUUAUGCCUCAUCUAGUGCAUUGGAUUAUAAUGGAAUUAUCGAGGAAUUAUAUAAACUUGGUUUCCAUGUCGAAGUUGCUCAGAAUUAUUGUGAUUGUAUUGCAGAAAUUACAUCAGGCAAUUACCAUCAGGUCUGGGUAAUUUGUUCUAAAGGACAAGAAGCCAAACCAACAAAUGUCGUUGUUUGCGAUAGUAUCAAGAAGAGAUCACGUGAAAUCAGAGGCGAAUCAACUGAUUUCUCCCAUGCUUAUCAGUUUGUUAAGACUGUUGAAAAGUUCAGGAAGAGAGGUGGUGCUGUUUCAUUCUGGGCUGACAAAGAUUUCACCUUUGAAUUGGAUUAUUACUUAGAACAUCUUAAACUGUAUGACUGUGACAAGGUGGAUGGAAAUCCAACAAAAAUACCUUGCAAUUUGAGAUUCGAUGGAAGCUGCAGUCCAAAGAACGAUGUUCUUCAACGCGCAACUCCAAACAGUUUCAAAGAGAUGACAUUUGAUUCAGAAGAAAUCAAAGAAUAUCCAUAUUACGAUUAUCAAUUCUAUGGAUAUAACGUCCUUGGGUUGUACGCAGGAGAAACAAUUGCAGGCGUAAAAGUCCCAGGUUGCCAUAACUACCAAGAAAUAUGCGAACGUAUCAAGCCAUUCAAACCAUUUUCACUUGGCACUGACAAAGAGUUGGUUACAGGAUGCUAUUAUGUUUCCCCAAAGAAUUCUAAUGAAGGUGACAUCAUCAUUGACGGCGCUUCUUCAAGAAUUUUCAGAGCGUUGAACCCAGAAGGCGCCAAGAGAUUAGCAAGAAACAUGGCAAUCGGUCUUGUCAACAAAGCGAGAAGGGUUGCAGAGAAAGGAGACUACACCGAUGCUGAACCAGUUCCAGCAUUUACAGAAGCAAAAAUUCCAGAACAAAUACCAAUUGUUCAAAAUAAACUCCUGAAACCAGUCGAUUUGACAUUCAUUUUCGAUGCAACUAAAUCAACUGAAAAGAUCAAGAGUUUAAUCAACUAUCAGAUAGAAAGCGCUAUGAAGUGGUUACAAAAAUUCCAAGGUGACGUUCGUGUUGCAGUCAUUGGAUUCAGAAACGAAGCUGCGGCUUAUUGCUUAAACAAAGAUAUUGAAAUCAAUCGUACUGAUGUAAUUGAUUUUACUCCUAUAUCGAAGGCUGAUAAGAUAUUGGACGAGAUCAAUUAUAAUUUCCCUUAUGAAGGAGGAAUAGGAGAUGGUCCUAAAGACUGGAACUCGGCUUUCGAAGCAUAUUUGAAUCUCAAUUUCAGAAAGGAUUCUACAAAAAUUACUUUCUUCAUCCCAGGUGAUGGAACACAUCAUCCAGAUUUCCAUAAGAAACCUUCUAAUGAUUCAACUGUUGAUAAUUAUAAAUUUGAUGGAGAAGAAAUGACCCAGAAAAAGAGAUUAGAUGAUCAUAUCAGAAGAUUAGUCAAGCAGGAAGCAUACUGGGUAUUAUGUGGAUUUAAUUCUAAUGCUAUUGAUCCUCUGAAGACACUACUCAAAAACAUGAACAAUACCAAAGUUUCUUUCAUAAUUUUGAAAGAAUGCUCCUCAACGCCUAAUUUGGAUCCAUUGAUCAAUAUUUCUGAUGCAAAACUAGAAAGGAUUUAUGAGAACAUAUUAAUCAAAACAUCUUCGCUUCCUACAAUGUUUGAUAUAUAA